AUGCAAGCAGAUGUGAGUCUCCUCGAGACCCUAAACGGGAAUCAGGGUGGACAACUUGUGGAUGAAUUCCGUUAUUCGGGUUGUAUGCUGAAAAACGAUAGCAACUACGAGAAGGAUGUACACCAACGAUGUGCUAAAGCUAAUUCGACAGUCAACUUAUUGACCAAAUGCCUAUUGUCGACCCCAAUCGCCAACGAAGUCAAGCUGCGAGUCUACCUAUCCGCAAUUCGCCCUAUCAUGAUGUACGGAUCGGUAAUUUGGGCAGCGCCGUCAACGGUGAUGGAGAAGUUUGACUGCCUGGUGAGAAAGUUAUUUAGACGGAUGCCUUGGCUACUUUCGACCAAAGGUUUGCCAUAA